CGACGGCCGAGAGGCACGUGUAGGGGUGACACUGUACUUGAAGCUCGCUGUAACUCCGCUAUGAUCUCUGUAUUGGAGAAAAGCCUUUAACUCAGACCGAUGAACUGCACCAGGGUCUACCAUAUCUUGGAUACCAGAUCGUUACCACCUGUCUCGAUUAUGCCAGUUGAUAUAGCCAUGAGACUCUGCUUGGCUCAUUCUCCACCUAUGAGGAAUUUCCUUGGCCCCUAUGAUCCUUACAGAGGGCUGAACAUCACCAGUAGGUUGAAGCCCCUGCGGCCCUGCAUCAGUCUGAAAGGUGGAACUGAAACGUGUAAUGAUGGUUGGGCUCAAUCCAAAGGCAAAAGAAAGAAAGUGGCUUUUGCAGAUGAUAAAGGUUUUUCUCUCACUGCAGUUCACUUUUUCUCUGAACGUGAAGACUCGCUUGCUGAACUACAGUUUGACCUGACUGAUCUCGACAACACAACAUGUGGACUGAAAGCAAAUGAAAGAAUGCCCCUGGUACUGGAUUUCUCACCACCAUCUGAAGACUAUGUGGAAUUUAGAAAUCGCCUGAAGAAGAAUUUCGUCUGCCUUGAAAAUUGCACUCUGCAGGAGAAGUUCAUCACGGGUACUGUCGCAGUGAGGAAUCUAAGUUACCAUAAAUUAGUUCAAAUCCGGAUAACAUUCGACACUUGGAAGAGUUAUAAGGAUGUGGACUGUACAUUUCUAAACAAUAUUUAUGGCUGUUCUGAAACAGACACAUUUUCUUUCGCUAUUGACUUGCCAUCAUCCGUACCACCACAGGAAAGAAUCGAGUUCUGCAUCUCCUUUAAGUGUGGACACCAAAUCUAUUGGGAUAACAACGAGGGGAAGAAUUACGGCAUUGUUCACAUUGAUUGGAAACGUGACAGGAACCAGACUCUGAUCACCUUCAGCGAUGAGGUGACCAAGACCCCUGUGAAGAUGCAGACGACUGAAUGUGACCAGUUUGGAAGUCCACGAUCAUCGAGUGAGCUGUUUCCUGAAUGGCAAAGCUGGGGAAAGAUCGAGACGGCUCUGCCGUAUUGGUGACAGAUGUUAGUGUUGCUGUAUUGUUUGGUGGAGAGUUGCCUCAAUUUCCAUAUUAAAACUUAUGAAAACCAUGCUGCUUAUCUGUAAAGCCCCUACUAAAUUAAUAAUCAACUUGGUAACUUUUUCAAAAAGCUUCCCUUUGUAACCUUUUAAUUUUGUGUGACUCCUAUAUACAUAUAGGGCCAUCUUAAAAUAGAUUAGUGGCUGUUUGUAUCAUGCACUUCAGUGCAGCGUAAGUUACUAAUGUGGAUAAUUAGUAUGCAAAUAUGAGAAUUCACAUUGGAUCCUUGAGGUUCUAUGGUAAAGUUACAUUCUGGAGUUGUAGUGUUUUGUGCCAUGCUUGCUAUAUUUUAAAACAACAAGGACUGUUAGAGUGCAAAGAAUUGAAUAGAAUAAGCUAGAGCACUUAAUGCACUGACUAGGAUGUACUAUAAACAUUUUUACCUAACAGUCUGUUAGAUAACUUGCAAGCACUAACUCAUUGAUUAUGUAUGUUGUGAUUAGCCAUGGGUACGUGACAGGCUAAACUAAAAGGUAGCCAAAAAUACAUUGCAUGUUGUAAAGCAACUGAGUGCCUUUUGGUUGAAUGAAUGACAUAAUUGGAUGCUAACUAUGCAGGUUUCCAAAUCAAAUUUGAUGCAGCUGUGAGAAGCUAACAUUUGUUCAAAUUGUUGUUGUGGUAGGCUAUAAAACACACCUUCUACUGAUCAGGUCCUCAGAAUACAGCUAAUGCAUGAGCAUUAUAUUUUGGGAAUAUUCACUUCUUUCUGGAAAUGUUUUAUCAAUUAAGCCAAAGGGUUUUCCACACUUAUGAACAUUCAGUUCUAUGUGCUUUUAGCUAACCUCAGUCUGUUAUUUUGUAUUCAAAUUAAAGGGGUGGGAAAACCUGACAAUCAGAAGGCCUGUUUGUAUGUAGCAAUAUGUUUAGACAACCAACAUUAUCAUCUUUUGCACUGCUCUUUUUCAAAUGUGACUGGCGCACUGUAUUUUUCCUAACUAUAUGUACAUAUAGCUAGCUAUGAGGUGCUCAUAAUUGAUCCUUCAUAUUGAAGGUUGGAAAAUUAACUUGUAUUUGGGUACACAUGGGUUCAUAAUUAGAAAGUAAUACAUUUCUGGAGACUGCAAUGAUUUGGUUUGAAGGGAUCUGAUGGAUCCCUUUGCUCUCUUGUAGGUAGGAUUCUGUAAUCUUUUCUUCAGUCUUUUGAUACUAGCAUUGCCAUAAUGUAGGAAGCAUUUUAUGCAGCUGUAAGCAGUGGCUUCAAACUUUAAGUUUUCAAGCUAUUAAUACUGACAGCUGUUCAAUAAUGCAACUGAAGAUCACAACACAUUCAGAUGAGAAAGACAGUUCAUCAAAGACGCAUUGGCCUAUCCAUCUAGAAAAAACUUGCUAUGCCUUCUGCUUCUCUAUGCAAAACAGUGUCAACUGUAUCACAAUGGCAAUGGUCUUUUGCUUCUGCUAUGUUGUUUGGAAGUCUUAUAAAAAUCUUGUAUUAUUGAAUUAAUACCAAUCCCAAAUUUUCAUUGCCAAUUGAGCAUAUGCCCUGUAUGUGUUUCACAAUUAACCCUGAAAACUCCCUUUCAAGUUUCACGAAUCUUUCAUGAACAAGACCUCUAACACUAGAAUCAGUUUCAUGGUUGUUUCCUUUACUGUUUUUAAGUAUGAAGGUUCUCAGCUGCAAGAAUACUCCUCCAGUCUGAAGUUCCCAUUCAGUUUAGGCACAGUGUCUACCCUACACCAAUCCUGUUAACUCUGAAAAUGGCCAUAUGUAGUUGAUAUUGGUAUUUAUGCUAGCCUGGCCCGUUUAUUUUCUUAAAUUCUUAUUUCACCAAAUGUAUGAAACAUGUCAGUAGAUAUAGCACUUGAUUCCUUUAAGGCAGUGCAUCCAUGCCAAAUUCUCAACCUACUAUGGUAGGGUAUGUCCUGGGACUAUUAGGCUGGUAAUAAGCACAACACUACUGUGCCUUAUGUAUAGAGAGAAAUGAAAAGUAUGCUCUUUGGCAUUCUGCUUGCAAUUGAUGAAGAUGAAGUUACUGAUGAAAAUGGAAGAUGCAAAUAAAUACAAGGCAUGUUGAAAAGGAGGAAAAUAUUUAUAGUCAUGUUGUCUUUAGUUAGUUGACUUUUAAACUAAUCUAUGAAGUAACUUAGUGCACUGGGAUGAAGCCAUAAAUGCUUGUCAUGCUAGCAGGUUACAUACCUUGAGUAAUUAGAACAUAAUUAACCCCUCAUUAAACUGUUUUCUUUGUUUAUAUUAGCUUUUAUGACCUCUUUAGUGUUUUUUGACUUCAGUAAUCAAGUUUUUCUUUGUUUGUAUUGUAUGUGCUUUUUUUCUUUUGAGCAGCAAAUUUCCUGGAACAGAUUGAGUAUCUGUAUCCGUGUUCCAGUUACCCACCUUGACAAACCUGACCGUCCCCCUUUUUAAACUUGAUUUGCAAAGCCCAACAUUGGCUUUGAAAGUAACUUCCUAAUUGACAUCUGACAUUUGUUACCUUCUGCUAUGCCUAUCUUGUUGAUGGCACCAACACUGGAUUUGGUCACGUUGAUAACCUCAAAAUUUGACUUUCCCUCUGAAUGUAUUUCACUGGUGUACAGUAAUUUCCCUUUCUAAACGAAUUAGCAUUCACAUAUCUCCACUGUAAGUAUAUUCUUUGGAGACUGUCAUCUGGGGUGGUGAUUAAUAAAAUAAUAUUUUUUACCUGAUAUGAUUAUUACAACGAGCAUAGCCUUUAUUGUGUUUCAGUUUUAUUUUGCCCUUUGAGCUCUUUGCAGGUUUUGUCUAUUAUACUUGUCAGCUGAUGUAAUGUGAUUGUGGUGUAAUUUGAAAUCUUAGUGUGAACACUUCUGCCUGUGUGCUGUAGAUUUAAAGGACAGUUAUUGAAAGGAAAUGUGAAAGGGUAUUCAGAGUGGUUAACACAGUCUCUGUGAUCACUGAAAUAUUUUUGUACUUGAGAUUUGUUGUUGUGGGAUUCUUUAAGGGAGGAAAAGUCUAAGGAGAGUGUCAUUUUACUCAAAGUACUUUGCCAUUCAAUAAAGAAAAUUGAGUUAUAACUUUCAACAUAAAUGAUCACACAUUUUCUUUCUGUAUGCUUUAUGAUUGGCAGCUUCAACUGUAUUAGAAUUGGCGAAAGGGGAUAAUUCAAACUUGGCUUUCAUGGUAUUUAUAAAGCCAAUUGGCUGAGUUCUCCUGAGAUUUAUAUUUUUCUGUAGGAGGAAUGCUUUGAGUAAUUACCCACUUUAGACUUGCCCUUUUUGUUUUUUAGGAAAUUGUAUGGAGAAAAAUAAAGCUUUAUAUUGUAAACCUUA